AUGAAGAUGGAUGCAGCAUCCAGCUCCUCUGUCUGUCCAUUCAUCCUCUUGUCGUGGAUCCUGGUGUCCCCCAGCUGCUCGUGCCAGCACAUUGGGGGCAUCUGUGAGAGCAUCCUGGGCUGCAGCCCCCCCACGCUGCUGGACUGCAGGGCUGUGCUGGAGCGUGUGAGGCUGGAGCUGCCCCCCGGCCCACGGGGCAGCCCCCCCACCACCCCCCACACCCCGCGGCUGCCUCAUGGCCUGUGGGAGAGCCCCCCAACAUCUCCUGAUACACCAACGAUGCCAGCCAGCCCAUGGGGGAACACCUCCAGGUCCCCUGACACCCCACCACUGCCUCCUGAGCCCCCAGGAAGCCCCUUCCUCCUCCCCACCACCCCACUGGGCCUCGAGAUCACCUCUACCAGCUCCUGCCUACACUUUGUGUCUGCAGCCACCUCGGAGGCCCUGGCUGCCCACGGGGGUCGCAUCCUGCCCGGGGAUGAGAUCGUGCAGGUCAAUGAGCAGGUCGUGGUGGGUUGGACACGUGUCAAUCUGGCAAAGAAGCUGCUGGAGAAGGCAAGCGGGGUGACACUGGUGCUGAAGAAGGUCCCCCUGGACCUGCCUGGCUGGCCCCCCUCUCCCGUGCAGCAGCUCCCGGGAGCAUUUUUGGAUACUGUGGAUCCUCCUGACACCAGGAGCUGUGAGUGCCCGGGGAGCCCCGUGUCCCUGACCUCCAGUGCUGCUGCUGACUUGGAUUCGGGGCCGGACUCGACGCUGGACCCGGUCACUGACGGGGAGGACGAGAGGGACUUGAGGCUGCCUGGCCGUGGGCAGCCCCCGGACGGGACGCAGACCAAAAGCCCCCGGACGGGACGCAGACCAAAAGGAGUGGCCACCAGGCUGAGCCGCCGGCGGGUCUCGGGCCGGGACCUGGGCCGGGUGGACUGCGAUGGCUGGCUCCUCAGGAAGAAGGACCACGUGGGCUUCAUGGCCCAGAAGUGGAAACGCUGCUGGUUCGUGCUCAAGGGCCACACGCUCUACUGGUACCACCACCCCAACGAUGAAAAGGCCGUGGGUCUCAUCAACGUGGCCACCUAUGACCUGGAGAGCACCAGGGAGCAGAAGAAGAAAUACGUGUUCCAGCUCUCCCACCAGAGGUACAAGCCCUUUGUCUUUGCUGCAGAAACCCUGGCUGAUUUGAGCAUGUGGGUCAGUCACCUGGUAACAGCCAAAACAAAGUACACACUGGCCAACCAGUCGGUCCCUGACAGGGAGGAAGACUGUUACAGCGAGACAGAAGCUGAGGACCCAGAUGACGAGUCCCCCAGGCACAGAUGUGACUCGCCAAAGAGGAGGUUUCCAAACACCCCGGAGAAAGCCCAGCCCUUCCCAGCCAGCAGUGAGCCCAGCAGUGUGGCCAGCAGCCCCCAGGGCAGCCCCCGGCCCUGCUCACCCAUGGGGCUUCUCUGGCACAAAAUCGUUGCUGAUAACAAUGCCGGGAGCAAAGUGGGGGAUCAGCCCGUGUUGGGGGAUGCGUGGGGGGAUUAA